AUGAACGUCAAGAAUAAACUGCUGAAACCUCUGAAGAAAGGCAAUCAGAAACUCCCCCAUCUGAGUAAGUUGUAAUCAGCCCCAACAAUUGUUACAAUCGAGUUAUAAUAUCCUUAAUGUAGAUAUGUUUCAUCCUCUCUCACGCCGAUUCCAUGUACUUUUAUUAAUUAUGUUGGGUUAUUUUGUAAUCGUGUAUCAACGAACGAAUCUGGGUCUGGCUAUGACGUGUAUGGUGAACAGUACGGCCACAGAAACGACAACAAGCCAAGAACAGCAUCACACGAUCAGCAGAUCUGAUGAUAACAAACAUUGCAAGGUUGUGGACUUUAAUGGAGGGACUGUGAAUAACGAUUACGGGGUAAGAAAGGUUUUUGUGUUGUAAUCCUUGUUAUAGGGAGAAUUGGAAUGGGACUCAGCAACCCAGGCAUGGCUAUUCUCGGCUUCAUUUUAUGGAUCUAUUGUCUCCCUGAUGCCCGCGGGGAUAAUGGCAGACCGGUAAACAUCAUACCAGCUAUAAUACAUGACAAAACUCUUCAGAUAUUCCCCAAAGAUGCUGCUGAUGUGUUCGGCAAUAAUCAGCACUGCUUGUACUAUUGUCUUACCGUAUUUCGCUGAGAAUUUAAGUUUCCAUCUGGUAUUUCUCAGCCGCUUUUUAAUGGGAGUUGCAGAAGUGAGCACUUCACCUAAUGUUUAAAUCGUCUUAUUGUUAAUUUAGGGCUUUGUUCUUCCCUCCAUCAAUAAAAUGGUAAGCCAAUGGAUCCCCACGGAAGAACUGAGCACAGCAGCCUCCGUGUACACCACUGGAAAUCAGAUGGCCGGGUUUUUUGGUGCCCCUUUAGCUGCGUUUUUGUGUGAAAGUUCGUAUAAAUGGCCAUCCAUCUUCUAUGUUUGUGGUAAGUCUUGAAAGGUUACUGUACCAGCCUUUUCGUUGUUGCGUUCAGCUUUAAUGGGAUUCUUGUGGAUUCUUUUGUGGCUGUUUACGGUCUCUGACGGUCCCUCGGAUUGUAAAUUGAUGAAAACAGAGGAACGACAAUACCUGAAUAGAAAACUUGCCAUCGACAGGUCAGAUCCAGAUGAUGUGAGUGAUCUACAAGAUUUUUGAAGAAAAUAUCGUUCCAGGAUAUCCCGAAGAAAAUCCCUUAUAUGGCAAUGGUGACGUCAUUACCGUUGUGGGCCCUCUUGAUCUGCACAUUUACUGCCAAUAUGUUGGUCGUAUUGACACAAGCAUAUCUUCCUCUUUUUUUCAAACAAGUGCUGUUCUUGGGGACGAUUACGGUAAUUAACCUACUAAUAAGAUUACCACGAGGGUGCCCCAUAAGUCUUGUGCAUUUUUGGGUCGUCGAGUUGUGUGAAUCCUUGUGAGCUGAAGAAGCGGAGUGUUUUGGGUUUUGUAACUGGGGAAGUGUGCUUUUAAGCCAUAUAUAGGGCUCGUGCUUUAUAAGUUUCGUCGGCUUUGCAAAAAAAUGUUGCAAAAAGGCGUUCAGAGCGAAUUCAGUCUGCAAAGCCGACGAAACUUAUAAAGCACGAGCCCUAUAUGGUAAGGCGACGAAUUCAACCUGGGACCUACACUGCCCCAAUAUUGUACUACACAUUAAAAAAUGUUUGCUUGUUGAUACUAGUCGCGACAUAAAGUCCUAACACAUUUGCACAGUGCAUUUUGUUUUUCUUUCGGACCCGUCGCGGCAAUUCCCCGUUUUUGCACUAGCGACAUGCACUUUCGUGCGAACUUGCCACUUUUCUCGCGCGACACCCGCGACAAAAUGUGUCAGGACUUUAUGUCGCGACUAGUAUUAGAAAAGAAUCACCACUGGUGUGCAAUAUUUUAUUUUUGAAAAUUCUUUGACCAGCUAGCCAAGGAGUUGAAAUCACAGCCAGAUUUUUUAAUGGCCUGGGGACAAAAACAAUCCAGCGCUGUAAGUAUUGAUUCAACGGGAAACACGGCUUUUUUUAAAACCGUGUACCCAAUAGAGGUAUAAAAAACGUAAUUGCAAAAGUGCAACAGCGCUUAUCAGAAAGCGGGAUUUUUUUUCUAGAUAGCCCCAGAAGUGAGGCGUGUGAGAUGGCGGUUUCAGCAGUACCAAAUAUUAAGAAGUGCAGUUAUUAAGGUCACCGUAAUGAGACUUAAAACCUCAAUCCCGAAAAUACACGCUUAUGGGACACCCUAAUAUCAUAAUAAUUUAGAACGGGUUCUUCAGUGCGGCUCCAAAUGUAUCGAUGCUAAUUGUAAAGUUUUUAUGGAGUAUGGCCAUGGAUAAGCUGAAGAAGCAUAGUUUAUCCAACACCGCCGCUUGCAAGAUUUCUCAGGGAUUUUGUAAGUAACAUAGCCGUUAACAAUACAGGUGUAUAGCCAGUGUCUCCGUCGGUGUAAUUUUCAUCACAUUGGCAGUGGUUGCCGAUUGUCACACGCCCAUCAUCUCUCUCCUGCUGUUCUGUGCCAUGACCAUGUGUUUUAGCACAGCGAUCAGUGGAUUUUAUACGAGCUUACUAUCCCUGGCGCCUCUUUAUACAGGAAUCCUAACAUCUGUGUCAAUGGUGGCAGGAAACCUUGGCCGUCUUAUAACACCCUUAUCCAUCUCUUACUUUAACAAGACCGUAGGUGACCUUUCACAUUCCAGACCCGCAGUAUUAAGAAUACUAUAACAUUCUACCUAUAGGGAACUAUGGCCGAAUGGAGAAUGGUAUUCUACUUUAUGGCCUUCACAACUCUGUUCAGUGGGGCUUUAUUCCUUGUAUUUGGAUCAGGUGAGAACUCAGAACUCUCUUUCUCCCAGUAAAUUAUUCAUGUAGAAUAUAUUAAGCGUUUUAUAUUUUAGGCUCGCCUCAAGCAUGGGGAAUUCCCCGCAGCGAGAGAACCUUAACAGCCGAAAACGAGCUAAAGCAGAAUCGCCGGCGACAGCGAUUGGAAUCCCACGUCGGGAGUGUUGUCUUAGACAUGUUGGAUUAA